AUUUCAAAGAAGAAGAAGAAGAAGAAGAAGCAGCGUAUACGUCACUCGCCCACAACAUAGGAGAUAGAGCCGCGUCGUGGCUGUCAAAGUGAGCAAUAUGCGCUCACUUGUCGGACUGAUCGCUGUCGUCGCCGCGGCCACUCUGUACCUGUACUCGCUGUCCUUGUACCUGCCGGCGGCCCCGCGGAGACGUCCUCCUCACCCGCCCGCAGAGAGCAAACAUGUGGACACAGCGGAGCCCGAGCAGCGGGCGGACAGCUCCGAGGAGCCGGGCAGGUUGAAGUUCCCCUCAGACUUGGAGGAGCUGAGGGAACUGGCUGAGCUUCUGCAGUUUUACAAGACAGAGCACACUGGAUAUGUUCUGCUGCUCUUCUGCAGUGCUUAUCUCUACAAGCAGUCCUUCGCCAUCCCUGGAUCCUCGUUCCUGAACAUUUUAGCAGGAGCCAUAUUUGGACCAUAUCAAGGACUGCUGCUAGCCUCUGUGCUCACCACCGUGGGCUCCACCAUGUGCUACCUCCUGUCCCAGGCCUUCGGAAAGCGCUACAUCAUUAACCUGUUCCCUGAUAAAGUCGCCACGCUACAGAAGAAGGUUGAGGAGAACCAGGACUGUUUGUUUUUCUUCCUGCUCUUCCUGAGAUUCUUUCCCAUGACUCCCAACUGGUUUCUGAACAUGUCUGCGCCUAUCGUCAACAUCCCCAUCACCUUCUUCUUCUGCUCAGUCUUCAUUGGCCUCCUGCCGUACAACUUCAUCUGUGUCCAGACGGGCGUCAUGCUGUCGGAGGUGGCGUCGUUGGAUGACUUGUUCUCCUGGGAGAGGCUGCUGCAGCUGCUGGCCAUUGCCUGCAUGGCUCUGCUGCCCGGCGCACUAAUCCGCCGAUUCAGCCAGAAGCGUUUCAAACUGGACGUCCAAUCACAAAACGGGCCCAUCACAGAUAAGAAGGUCCAGUGAUUCUUACUUUUUUCUGGGACUGAGUUUGUUGUUGGGCACUUUGAUGCCCUCAACCCUUAAGAGUGAAUGUAUUUAAAGUUGUGGGUUUUCUGAAAAACUUGGCCCACACACACACACACACUCAUAAGGUUUCUUGUAUCUGGAGUUCUUUACGUGUCUGGAGCCACCUGGAGCAGGAGAGCUUUGAUGAAAAUAGAACUGGGGAAUUGGGAUUUGAAGCCAAGUAUUUUGUAUAACCAAAUGUUGAUGUUUCUGUGCUACAACUUCUAUGGGGACAGCUUGCACAGUUUAUGUGUAUAUAGAUGUAUGAAUGUACAGAAAUCAUGUGGAGAAAGGGAAGAAUUCUAAGGAGACUUUGCUCUUGCACUAAAAUUAUACUGUAAGAGUUUCAAUGUAAACAGCUCGUGUUUAAAGUGCCUGUUGUGCAGUGUUAGUUUCAAACUCCUACCUCCAACAUGGACUUGUAGAAAAAUUAAUCUGACAGCCUUCUCAUUUUUAAUGUGGCUGGAGGGUUCAGAUGAUUGUUAUCUUAUUGUGUGAAUUAAUUUGUUUGUAACUGAAAUAUGUAUGGUGUUUGUAGCAUAUAUUAUACAACUUGGAUUACGUAUUUUUCUUGUUUGACAAUCGCAUUUUGCAAUUUCAGAGCAAAUUGUAAUACAGUGUUGGACAAUUUUUACUCUUUUUAAACUCUGAACUCAAAGUUUUUCAAAUUGUGUAAUUUUGCCUCAGAGUCUUUUUGAGUAACCAAUUGAAAUAAAUCAGUAUUUUCUUUUAUUCUUCAUGUGGGUUAUGAUGUAAAGUGUUAUGUAAGCUUUCUGUAAAUUCAAGGAUGUAAAUUAUUUAAAGUUUAAUGUACAUUUAUAGCAACUCAGAUCACAAACGCUUCAUCUUUUAUUUUAGAGGUGAACAAAAAUUUUAAUAAUAAAA